AUGGCUGAACCUCCGUCUAAGCGCGCGCGCACUACGCCUUCAAAGCCCGGCGACAACGACGUUCCAGCAAACGAAGCCGCAUCGACCAACGCAACACCCAUCGCAGACCCCCGCGCGCUUGCCCACGCUCUCGACCAACCCCAGACCCGCACGCCCCUCCGCGCCGCCAGCGCCGGUCCGAGCCGCACUCCCGCAUCGCAGCAGACCCGGACGCCAGGAGGCGCCAACAACAAUGCCCGCCCGUUCCCCGUCGCGCGCCGACUGGUCGGCCCUCCGACGACGCCGCAUGCGAUCCGCGCGCUCCAAGCACGCCGCGACGCCGCGCUGGCCGCGUCCGGCGGCCGCAGGAACAGGCGGCGCAGCGGGGUGCAGGAACGGGAGUCGCCGCGCGACAUUCUGCGGGCGCUGAGUCGACGCCUGGCGCCCUUCUCGCAGCGGCUCAUCCCCUCUCCGGAUGUUCAGCAGUCGACUGCAAGGCCGAAGACGGGAAACGACGAUGACGACGAUGGGCCCGAUCCACCCCGUCCGCGUCUGUCAAUGCCGCUCAACGAGUACGAGGACGACAGCUUUCACGAAGCACCACCGCGUUUGUCGAUGGCGUUGGAAGAUGUGGACACUACAACGCAUUCGGUGGAAGGCGGGAGGCGUGCUGUGAGCGAGGAUCUGCGGCCACGGCUAUCUAUGGCGCGUUUGAGGUUAAGCGAAAGAUUUGGUGAUGAUAUGGACGUGCUGAGCGAGGACGAGGCAGCCGAAGUGUAUGAUGCAACGGUCGGGCCGCUGGUGUUCGAUGGCGACGCUGAAGAUGUAUUGAACGAGGAGAUGACAAACCGAUUUGGGGACGAUGAUACAACACAGGAGCUUCGUGCAAUGCUUGCGUCGCGGCGCCGCUCCCGCGUUAGCGACAUCAAUCAACCCGAAGGUGCUGAUCUGGACGAAGAGCCGACUUUCCACUUCCGGAUGCCAGGUUCCCGCGACCCAUCACUGUUGCUUCCACAGCCAGAGGAGGAGGAGGAGGGGGACACCGAAGACGCUGAGGGCGAGGAUGAUGAUCAAGAUGCGUUGCACGCCCAAGGCAUCGCAUACGACCAAGGUGUGAAUGAACAAGAGGCUCUAGAUGAUGUGGAGCCGGCCGAUGCGCUACCCGGCAUCGACGAGGAAGGAGACUACGAGACCGAGCCAGACGCUGAUCAGGACAUGGAAAUUGACGAGGUCGAGCAAGCCUCAGAACCAGAGCUCCGCCGAAGUUCCAUAGCUCGCUCCGUAUCACCCUCCAAACUAAAGAAGCAAGCAGCAGCCCGGCGCAAGUCACUAAAAGUUUCCCGCUAUGGCACGCCGUAUCCGUCUCUCCCGUCGAGCGUCAUGAAACGCUUAGCAACUAGCUUCGCCCGUUCGCAUGCUGGACCCACAACGAAGCUGAGCAAGGAUACGCUGGACGCCAUCUCACAGGCCUCUGACUGGUUUUUUGAGCAAGUGGGUGAAGAUCUCGCAAGCUACGCAGAGCAUGCCGGACGUAAAACGAUUGAGGAAGCAGAUGUGGUGGCUCUGAUGAGCAGACAGCGCCAAACCAAUGCAUCAACGACGCCCUUCUCACUCGCGCAGAAAUACCUGCCACGCGAACUACUCCAGGAAAUUCGCAUGCCGCGGAUUGCACCCAAGUCCAAGCGCCCCACAGCUCGGAAGAGAAGUAGAAUGGAGAUGGAGACGAUCGAGGAGGAGGCGGAGGAGUGA